GGCGAAGGUACCAUGUAGUGAUCGAUGUAAAUGUAUAACUUGUCAGAACACUGAAGCCGAUCGUGCAGCACGUUUUCCAAACCAAAAAAUCACCCCGAUUUUGAUGGAGUCUCGAGCGACAGUUGCAGCAAAUCGUGCAGAGGCACGGAAUUUCCCCACUACAUACAGCGAUGAUGACAGUGAUGAUGAAUACGAUGAAUACCGGAAACCGAAAGAUCCCAAAACGUAA